AUGUCACAAUCUUUCACAACUUCAACUAUACCCUUAACAUUCGAACCCCACGAUCAUCACAAAGACCCUCAGGCUCAUCAUCGAACGAAAUCACCACCACCCCCAGCCAAUCAUGAUGACCAAAAUAACGGAGAAGAAAAAGUACAACCAAUUUGGCAAUGUAUGUUAGCUGGUGGAUUUGGUGGUGUAGUGGGUGAUAGUACCAUGCAUUCUUUGGACACUGUUAAAACUAGACAACAAGGAUUGUCACAUAAUCCAAAAUAUAAAAACAUGGUACCAGCAUAUAGAACAAUACUAAAAGAAGAAGGGUUCUUUCGUGGAUUAUAUGGUGGAUAUACACCAGCAGUAUUGGGAUCUUUCCCUUCAACAGCAGCAUUUUUUGGAACAUAUGAAUAUUCCAAACGAAAGAUGAUUAAUGAUUGGCACAUAAAUGAUACAUUCGCUUAUUUUAUUGCAGGAGUGCUAGGUGAUUUGGCAUCAAGUGUAUUUUAUGUUCCUUCUGAAGUGUUGAAGACAAGAUUACAAUUACAAGGUAAGUACAAUAAUCCGUACACAAAAGAAUGCGGGUAUAAUUAUCGAGGUUUAUGGAAUGCAAUUGUAACUAUAUAUAAAACUGAAGGACCAAGAACGUUUGUUUUUGGCUAUAAAGAAACAUUGUUCAGAGAUUUACCAUUUAGUGCGUUACAGUUUUCAUUCUACGAAACUUUCCGUAGUUGGGCUAUCUAUUCAAAUCUGGGUUCGGAUGACUUGCCAAUUUCUGCAGAAUUAUUCACAGGUGCCGCAGCUGGGGGUUUAGCUGGUGUGUUGACAACACCGCUUGAUGUUAUUAAAACACGUAUUCAAACAGCAAUGAAUACUGCAGAAUUGGGUAGUUCGAUAUCUGACAAACAUAUAAUUACCAAUCCUGUUGUUAGGUUACUAAACAGGAAUGCUACAUUGAAAGCAUUGGUAUCGAUAUAUAAACAUGAAGGUAUACUAGGAGCCUUUUCUGGAGUUGGACCCAGAUUUAUCUGGACCGGUAUUCAAAGUUCAAUUAUGCUUUUGCUUUACCAAAUGGCACUAAAGCAAUUGGAUUUGUUUUCCGGUAACAACUCCGAUAAAAAACUAGAUUCAUAG